GUCCUAGUAUACUAAGACCCUCGCCGUUUAUGCCGUUCUUGAUGUUGAUUGAGUUGUUUUUCUGUGUAGAUGUUGAUAUUAAGCUGGUUCUGAUCAUUGGUUCUCGAAAACCCGAUCAGUAUCCUCUUUCUAGCCAUGGGGAAUGGAAUGAACAAGAUUAUUCCUGGACUUUAUCUUGGAAACAUCAGAGAUUCCAAAGAUGCUGAGCAGUUACAGGAGCAUAAUAUCACACAUAUUUUAUCUAUUCAUGAUAAUGCAAAUCCACUGAGAGAGGAUAUUAUGUAUAAGUGUAUACAUGCUGCAGAUAGUCCCGACCAAGAUUUAAUGCCCUUUUUCCAAGAGUGCAUAGAGUUUAUCCAUUCAUGCAGGGUGAAAGAGAUGAAUUGUCUUGUUCACUGUAUUGCGGGUAUCUCAAGAUCAACAACAAUUUGUGCAGCAUACAUAAUGACCAUAACAGAACUAUCAUGGAGACAGACCCUACAAGCUAUCAGAGCAAACAGAUCUAUAGCCAACCCCAACUAUGGCUUCAAGCGGCAAUUACAAGACUUUUAUAAUAAACACCUAACAAAGUCAAAAGAAAGACUACAGGCGUUAUACCCUGACUUAAACUUCACUGGCGAAGAGCACACAUACCUGAUGAACUUGCUGAGUUCACGUGAAAACACGUCACGUGAUGACGAUGAUAUCCCAGAUGUGCUGAAUUUAUACGACCACAAGGCUCGGAGGCUACGCCAGGAAGCGAGCCCAAGUGCAGAUAACAGCUGAUGAGAGGGGAGGCAGCGGUUAGGGUAAUCUGUUUAAAAAUUUCCUCUUCACCUCACCGCCUUAGAAAGAGAGAUUCUGUAGUUUAUGAAUCUGAACUUUAAAUUUACGUAUGGUUUUGACGAGGGCGUUUAGUCUCGAAUAUUUCGCUAAGUUGAACGUCAAAUGCACGCGUGCUUGCAUUCGUGUGACUAGCUGGCUCUCACUUAUUUGGUGAUUACGUUUGGAUCUUUAUAAAGAGCUAGUCUUUUCGAAUGCACAGUUGAUGCGUUUUUGUUUUCCUUUUGGGAUAGUUAAAGAUUCUUACUCCAACUUGUGCGUUGAAUGCGAUGCACAUCUCAUAGUAGGGAACUAGAUCCACUUGAAUCACGAAAUUGCGAAAUUUAAUAUAUCCUACCAUAGAAACGGCACAAUUCUACUGAUAAAGAAAUGUGAUAAGAUAUUUCUAUAAUUAAAAAAAAAAACAGUGUCAUUCAAGUCGGAUUUUCGAUCGAGUUUAGUAAAUUUUCAUUCCUUCAAGAUCUGCUAACAUGAUAUGAAGCAGUAAUGUGUUGAACAAAUGUGUAUUCGUUCUUUAGUAGGAUGCAGAAUCUACCUAAAUCUCGUUUGUAAUAGAAAUGCAAAGAUAUGAUAUAUAAUUGGUUAUAUUUUAUAUAUACCAGAGCGAUUUAGCUUUUCGCUAUAGUGGGGUUUGACUCAAUGACAAAGGGGGGGGGGUAUUUUGUUGUUACAUAUGGCUUUCUGGCAGCCCAAGGGGGGGGGGUUAAACCCCCUAAAUCCUCCUCCAAGCUCCGCUACUGUAUAAUUUCGUAUGAAUUCAGUUGAAAGGACGAUAAUGUCAAUGUCAUUAGCUGUUGGUAAUUUUAUAAUAUGCCACAUCGGUUAAGAUUUAUACUCAUUACUAAAGACUUCAGAAGAGGGUCUAAAAUUUAAGUGGUACCUGACAUAAGUUUGAGACCAUAGAAAACAGCCUAUUUUACAGUCCCUGGACUUUUCAAUUACUUCAACUUUCCUUCUGUUUGCAAGAUUCCCAACGCGGAGAAAGUGAAAGUAGAAACUGAAUGAAAAAAUGUUUUCUUGUUUAUUAGGGUUGCAUCCUUUAGCACGUGUUGGUAACAAAGGACCCCACUCACGAAAGUUCUCAAUAGUAAACAAUCAUUUAUAAAAUAUCAUAGUCCGUAUCACACAAAAAAACAACAAUCUGGAAAGAAAUAACUAAGCAAAGCUGGAAUUUAGAAACUUAAAAUUAAAAAGUGAAAAUAAAUUAACAUGUGACUAAAGUUGUAAGUUGUACGCCUCUCUGAAAACUUUAUAGUUUCAUCGGGGUCUCGAGUGUAAGCCUUUCCGAGAUAAUUAGCGGAGCAAAAUAAGCAGAGCAAGAUGGGCGGAUCAAUAGUUUACUUCCGGUUGAUUACGUAACAAUCCCCGAUGAUUUUAACGGAAAACGCGAAAAAUAUUUCAAAAUUGUAAAAGCAGUGUGUCUAUUGGAAGUUUCUUCGAGGAUGUGACUGAUAACUUAGAGCGGAUGGCCUGUUAAAUUGUGUGGUUUUUAAUCGACUCUUGUCUCUUGCCGUUGAGGUUUCUGUCUGCCCUCCGGUAGUGAACUGGUGAUAAUGCGGCUUUAAAGCCGCAUUGUCACCAGUUUACUUCCGGUCGAUUACGUAACAAUCUCUGAUGUUUUUUUAACGGAAACUGCGGAAAAUAUUUCACAAUUUUAAAAGCAGUGUGUCUUUUGGAAGUUUCUUCGAGGAUGUGACUGAUAAUUUAGAACGGAUUGCCUGUUAAAUUGCGUGGAUUUUCAUAGAUUCUUUUGACGGUUGAGGUUUCUGUCUGCCCUCUGGUAGUAAAAACUGUGACAAUGCGGCUUCAAGGUGCCGAUCCACAUUCUUGACUGUUUGAAUGCUUUGGUAAAAUGCCUUGAUAACAUCGAUUCAACCUAACACCAGAAUUUCCGUCUUCUUCAGAGCAGUCUCAUAAUGGAGAAGAAGAAGAAACUAGAAAAAAAAUAGAUUCGCAUACCAGUGUUUAUUAUUCUAGUUGAAGAUCUCUUAACAAUAAGUGCAGCUCGUAGGAUUGGUGUUGUUAUAUAGAAUGAUUUAGUACUAUUUUCAAAGAGAGCAAAUCAAGUUUGUAUUCAGGAAAUUUGAAUAACAACCGUUUUUAUAAUAUUUAUGAAUAAUUUCUAUAUUCAUGUUUUCACCUUUAAUUAAAUAACUCAUCUUUUAAGUUCCUCUUCAUCAAUAAAAUGGAAUUUUAAAAGAACAAAUAAGGUCAAAGCGGCUGAGAAAAAAUGAAAGCAAAUUUUGGCUUCUUGAUAUUGGGGCAAAUGACAUACGAUAGUUUUUUGGUAAUUAUAUUAUUGAUAUUUAUAUGAUAGAUAACGAUUUUGACAUAUUUAUAACUUCGGAUUGGGGUAGUAUAACAUGAAUGAUGUAGUUUAGUCUACUUCACAAAUGUAACACACACUUCUUUGUUUGAACUCUGGUUUAGUAUAAAAAGGAUAAUAAAAGUCAUUGUCGAAA